UGCGCACCGACUGUGACUGCGCUCCCUCUCUCCUACAUUCAAACAUGGCGAAACUCUUUGCCAUUAUACCACCACCAUCACCCUCAUCCUCCUCCACUCCAUCGCUACCGUCACCACCACCACCACCACUACCCUCAUCACAUUAUCAUUAUCUCCGGUAGCGUGAUGACCCGGGAGGAUGGAGAAGUUGUCGGCGAGCCUGUCGGAGAUCACUUGGAGCCCGUUGGCGCUGCCGUUGGACGCGGUGGUCAGCAAGUUCCGUCUGCCCACUCUGGUCCGUCUGGCCCACGGUGAAUGUGUGGAGGGGCUGUCAGAGGAGGAUGUGGUGCUGUUACACUCCUGUCGUCAGUGGACCACAGUGACUGCCCACAGCUUAGAGGAGGGGCACUACGUUAUUGGACCCAAGAUAGACAUCCCUCUGCAAUACCAGGGAAAGUUCAAGUUGUUGGAUGAAGACCGAGACGUCAGGGAUCCGGUCCAGUAUUUUUCCAGUGUGGAGGAAGUUGCUGGAGUCUUCCCCGAUCGAGUCUUUGUCAUGGAGACAAUCACCUUUAGUGUCAAGGUGGUUUCAGGGGAGUUCAGUGAGGACAGUGAGCCAUACAGCUUCACUCUGCAGGCUGGAGAUGAGCUGUCACUCAUGGGGAAGGCGGAGCUCCUCUGUGCCACGCCCUCUAAGGAAAAGACAGGACUGAGCGCGCUCUUGAGACGCCUGGGAAAGACUCCUAGAAGUAAAACUCCCUGCUUGGUCUGUAUGAACCAUCGCACCAAUCAGAGCGUCAGCCUCCCCUUUGGUUGCCGUGGACGCUUUUGCACUCGCUCCCCUUUGGAGCAGGGCAUGCUGGGAGGGGAGCACACGGUACGCAGCAUCAUUGAGAGGGUGCGCCUCCCUGUCAAUGUGUCUGUGCCUUCACGACCACCACGAAACCCCUAUGACCGCCAUGCGGUCCGAGAGGGCCACCGCUACAAGCUGCUCAACAUUGUCAGCAAGACAGUGGUGCUCUGCAUGGUACUCCGCCGACAGGAAGUCUCCCCCUCCCACUUCCUGCUGCUGCGCUGCAUGCCUCGGUUUAACGUGGCUGAGGCCUCCGUCCACACGGCGGCGCUGGAGAGCCUUUUAUUGCGACAUGCAUUUGACCCAGAUGCCUACUCUCGCGCUGUGAGAGAAACCCGGCCAGAGCUGGAGUGUAUGACAGAGGAGUGUGUGAGCCCGCGGCGCUCUCGUAUGUGUGUGUCGGGUCAGGACUCAUUAGCACCGGCACUGCAGCGCCUUUCCAUGUGUGGAUAUGGGGGUGGGGUUUCGGACAGCCUAUCACAGCGCUGCAGGGACUCUCUUGGAGAGCAGCUGGGGGAGGGACCAGGUGAGGAGCGGGAGUAUGUGACUCCUGAGUGGACUGAGGCUGAAAUGAGGACCAGUGAGGAAAUCCCUUACGAGGAACUCUGGACCAAUCAGAACGCAGAGGGCUUGGGGAAGGAGCCAAACCUCAUCUCCUUUCAUUCAUCUUCCUCACUGGAUGGUUCUCUUGGUACCGUGGUGACAAGAGUGUCUACCCCACCACCUGUACCUCCAAAAUCUGAUGCUGUGAGAGAGGAGUGUCGCUACUUGAUUGCCCCUCCAGUUCCCCCUCGCUGCUCUAAAGGAGGCUCCAUCUCCAGUCCGGUCCCCAGCCCUCCGGUCCCGCCUCGCUUCCCCAAAACCUCCACCUCCCCUAGACCCAACCUUUCCUUCUACUCCUCUGGACUUCAGGACAGCUGCUCGCCCUCCCCAGAUGCUUCCCUCUACUGUUACCCAUGCUCCUGGGCGGACUGCCCGGCCCCUAACCCUGCCAGUCCUGAGCCAGUCUCCGCCACCCCUGCAGACAGCACGGCCACUCCUCAGCCAGCACAGGCCACCUGGGCAGAGCCGUGGGUAGAUUCCUUCACUUCCUCCGGACCUCGACUGAGGCCGCCACCGCCACAGAGUCGAUUUGCCCCCUUCGGAGCUUUGAACCCCUUCAACCGCCAGUCCCCCUGUCCCUCACCCGAGCCCACUGCCAAUCCCACGACAGAUUCCUCCAGAGGUGCAGAGGGUGGUGGGACAUCCACGGGGGUCACUGAAGGGUUGUCCCAGCCCCCUGACCCUACCUGGCGACCCCCUGCUGACCUAUCUGUGCUGUCAUUGGAGGAGGUGUCAGCCUGCCUACGGUUCAUCGGCCUAUCAGAGGCAGCGGUGGCUGUGUUCCAGAGGGAGCGAAUUGACGGCAGCCUCCUGGUGCAGCUGACCGAGGACAUCUUGUCACAUGACUUCCACCUGAGCCGACUCCAUGUCACCAAGAUCACACAAUUCAUACAGGGCUGGAGGCCCAAGAUUUAACACACACACAAACACACACAGUCCUUACAAUGUGCCUGUUGGCUACUGAGCCAUCCUGAAUGUGCCUUCCACUGUGACCAAGUGGCUGCUGAGCCCCACUGACUGAGGCUGAGACUUUGCAGAAGGAAACCACGCCACCCUGUGGUCACACUAUAGAACUGACACUUGACUCGCUCUCAUGCCAGGAGUCUCUGACAGACUGACUGCAUUUUUCCUGUGUGAAUCACAGACUGGGACUAGUUUACUAACAAAUGGCGACGUCAGAGAGCUACAUGAUGAAAGUGCCCAGUUUCACUUUGUCCUUGGGGCAGAUAUUCAACCAUAAUACACCGUCAUGCUUCGAGACAGCUAAAGGUUUUAAACCCUGCAUGGAUUUGUGUGACCUUCAUGAUGUGGUCCCACAUAAAAUGCCUUCAUUCUACAUAAAAAAUUAAGGGGUUUAAUAUGAGUUUUGGAAAUAUAAAGGGAUUCACAGCUUCUAUUGCCGACCAGUAGAACAACACAGAUGUAACACUGAACCUGUUUUCUACCUGAGUCUCUGGCACAGCCUUCUUCAUCUGCUCUUCUUCAUCUGUGCUUGAGCUUCAGUGGCCUGUAAUUGGCAUAAAUGACAAUUAUUAGAAGAUAAGAAAAGGCUAGUUGUUUAAAGCUAAAUGAAAAAAGAAAACUGCAGAAAGCAUGAAAGUCAGACGCUCCAAUGAAGUCAUUAGUGAGUUUCUGGUACUGAUCAAUGAUUCACUGAACCAUCUCUUAAUGUACAGUAUUCUGUAUCAAGGCCAUUUUGUGCUUUGGGAGAGUGACUUUUUUUUUAAAUUAACAUUCCCUUUAAGAGUAACACGAGGUCUCCUUCUGUCUGUAGUCAGAUACACAGAUGUGUUGCCAUGCUAUGAUAGAAUUUUUCGACUGCCUCAGAAAUAGUGUUCUCAAAAUGUACCUCAGAUCACUUGUUCAGAUAUGCUUGAUUUAGCCAUGCAUAAUAAUAAAUGAAAUUACACUAAGUAAUAUGUUCACAUGU